AUUGUGCUAUAUUCCAGACCUACUAGGCAUUGUGAACCGGGGUUAAACUCUUUUCAAGUGUGUUUCCACAUGAGCCUGCGUCACACCGUGAACGCACCAAGCAACCAAUUGUCGACUCAAAUGCUUCUAUUUCGGUUCCGUCCAGAUGCGUGGGGCUGCAGUGCAUUACUUGGUCGAGUUUGUUUGACCGUGAGUGCAGAGCGAAUGCAGAAUGCCAUACCUUCCAGGCACAAUUUCACUAUUCCUCUGAGGGGCGGAGAUCGUUUCGGGAGUUCCCAGUUCAACGUGCAUGAUGGUUGGAUUCGGAAGUUGAAGCGUUGCUAUUGCAGACAUGAUCGAGGUACAGUACUCUUGGCAUGCUGAUCUGCUCCGGAUCGGUUUGAGUGCAACUUCAUUCAUACAACAAUUUAUAUCCAUCUACAGCCUUGCAAGUGCCCGUAUCAUCCUGUUUGUGAGUGUCAUUACGAGAAAGACGGUGCAGCUCUGAACUGUGCGCGGCUAGCUCUGGUGAGGCAGCAUGUAGAAACCAGACCAGGAUGACGCUCACUCUGUGCCGAUGUUGGUGGCUCGCUGGCACAAGCCACUCGUAUCGCACUUGAACCCAAUUGUGAACUGGCUCUGACAUGAUGCAAAGCCACCACGAGGCACACUAUGUUUGUCUAUGUCGAGCAAAGGAAUCUGGAAGAGAGUCGCGUGUGUAAGUUAGUUGAACACACUGCACUGAUUUAUGAGAAGCGUGUCGGGACAAGCUCUACAAGGCCAGGGACGACGAGGCGAUGCGAGCAAGUUCGCCACGAAGUUAUUGAAGUCGACGAGGGUAUAAAAGGUCUCCACCGGGUGUUAAUUGGUAGUAAACAAGGCAAAUGUGCUAAGCGUCUUCCACGGCUGAAUUUCCCACCGAGCAGAUAUUUUCAGUGAGUUGUUUAGUGUGGAGUUAGGCGAUGCAUCAUGCCAGACAUGGCAGGACCCGUUGUACCUGAGGGAGACGAACAUCAUCAUCACCACCAUCACCACCACGCAACAGGCGUAAGCACCGAGGACGAUAGUAACAGCAGUAGCUACUGGGCACGACCAGAGGCUGACCGUGCCACACCACCUAUGUGGAAUGCCAGACAGACCUUUCCUGGGCUGAAACGAAGAGAUCAGGAGUGGCCAACUACUUCACAUUCAGCUCCCCACAACGCUCCGGAUGUCCAGUGUACACCCACCAUCAGCGGCUUAAGAGUUCGACAAAUGGUGGACAAGACCACAGUGACGGCGGGCUCGGCCAGCGAGCAGACUAGCCAGGUUCCAUCGACGGCGCACCCAAUAGGCGAUCUCCUGCCCAGUCUUCCAGCAGACGCUUCAGUAAUGGACCACCAUCGCCACCAACAGCGCCAGCAGCAGCAGCAGCCCAGGGAUGACAGUCAGCAGCGCUAUGGACGUUCCUCAGGUCAUCCUGGUGUCCUUGUUCCUCCUCAUCGUCCACACCAGCUACCUAUGACUAAUGUCAGCACGACCACUGCAACCGGAGAGCAACGACACGGAGGACAGGGCGAAGAGGAUGAUGCGGACAGUAAUGACUCGUCAUCGGAGCGAAGGGAAAGCCGCGCAGCCACCUCGUCCCAGUGGUAUGACGAUGACGAGAAGAAGACACGCGGUCGAGUCCGAAUAAAGAUGGAGUUCAUUCAGAACAAGUUGAAACGCUACACAACGUUUAGCAAGCGAAAGGCUGGACUCAUGAAGAAGGCAUACGAACUGAGCACCUUGACUGGCACUCAGGUUAUGCUGCUCGUGGCGUCGGAGACUGGACAUGUCUACACUUUCGCCACCACAAAGUUGCAGCCGAUGAUUACGUCAGAGGGCGGCAAAUCUCUAAUUCAGGCUUGUCUGAAUGCUCCCAACGAACCAAGCAGUCCGCCAUUUGACUACGGUAUAGGCAGUGACAGACCAACUUUAGCAGAUCCCAGGAUGGCUGCAACACCAGCAGGAGACAGCCGUGUCCCAGUCGACCCGAAAGUAGCGGCUAGUCUGCGGCAGUCGCACACAGGAUACGAAGAGACGGAGUUGAUGUGUGGCGUCAAAGAAGAAGCUGAUAUCGCCUCUCUUCAGGGUUACCCCAGAGUAGAUGAGCAUCUGGGUAUGGUUAUACCACCUAGCUCCUAUCCAAUGUCCUACCAUCGUCCGUCGGAACAGCAAGGAACCAUGGCGUUCGGGCAGGACUUCGGCAGCAACCAGCCACACGCAAGCCUUGAGCGACACGAUCUUCUUCAUCGCCACCAACAGCAGCAUCAUAGUCAGCAGCAGCAACAGAUACAACGGCAGCAACACCAGCAGCAGCAGCAGCUUCAACACCAGAUGUCGCAGACACGGCCAGGAUUUUCGCAAGAUCACCACCACGGCCUCCAAUCAUCGCCCCUGCUACCAACGUCUAGUUCAAUGCCAUCAAUCAGUCACCAGCCAAGUGACACCAGUAGCAGUAGCUUGUUCUCCACGGGUUGUGUGUCCUGCGUUGCCAAGGAUCCUGCACCCAGUGCGUUCCAAUUGCCAUCCACUGGACUUAUUCAAUCUCAGGCUAUGAUCACGAACCAUCCAGGCCAGGACUUUUCGCCCCUAAGCCACCCGGGCCACACUCCGAACCGCCCGACUCCCAGUAAUGUCCUGGGAGACCUGCCCCACGAGGGUGGUGAUCGAUCCGGGGGACUAUUUGGCCAACAGAUGAACAAGAGCAUGGCACCGCCAAACCUGACUCUUCCCACACAAGCACUGGGUCAGCAGCAACCUCUUCCACCAGGCCACAUCGGCAGUCCACCAUCUCAUGGCCACCUCAUGCAACUUCACGAUCCACCCCCAGGCCCCACAGGUAUACAGUCACACCAGCAACAGCAGCAGCAGCACUCGCAUCAGCAGAUCUUUCCAGGUGUCCCGCGCACCCAAUCGUCACCUUCUGCUCCAAAGCUGACGCACCCACCUCCGUACGGACACUAUCCCUAGUGACGUCACGUGUGUCGCGGCUCAGUCUAUGUGGAGGACACCAGACGAUUGCGUUAUGACGAUAAUGAUGAUUAUGUUUUAUUAUGACAUGAGAUACGGUGAGCAUGAAGAUCAGUAGUUCACCCAUCACCAUGGUUAGCAUCAUGCAAUGCCCGCCUGCUGUUUUUCAUUCCCUUCGAACCACCACGUGCUGAAGAUGAACGGUUUCCUGCUAGCAGUGUGCACGCAAAGCUGCUUGACCAUGGGCAAGGUAGCCCUAUGCUCUGAUUACCCUCACAUCAUUCCUGUUUGAUUGAACAUGUCAGAAUGAACAUUCCUUGCCUUUCACUUAUUGAAAUAUCUAAUGGUGGAUCAUGGCAUAUGUCUUAUUAUGAUUUCUGCUUGCGAACCUACUACCUGUAGCGUUUCGCGAGAGACUACUAUUAGGCAAAAAUGCAUGCUUUGUUCAACAUGUAGUUUUUUGCACAUAAUCAUAGACAGCACAGUCUCCGUUCCACCAACCUAAUUGUGAAAAACUGCCAAUCUUGUUGAUUCAGCACUGUCAUAAUUAUCACAAACACUGUUUUAUCUUGGACAAAUUUCCCUACUUUCACAUCAAUAUCCGAUUGGUGUCGAUCAAUGAGCCUAUAACCUACCUCCCAGAUUUGUACAUACUAUCUCCUUA